AUGACAUCAUCUACUUCUUGUAAAUCUUGUCGUCGUCCUAAUUGUCGCCAGUCAGGAUGUACUUGCACUCAAACUCUACUUACUCGUUCAUUAAAUCGUGAUUUACUUUCAUUGAAAUCUAAAUCGUAUUUUUCUGAUUUUACAAUUCAAGUUGGCGAAUGUAUUUAUCCUGUUCAUCGAUGUAUACUUGCUGCUCGAUCUGAUGUUUUUCUUACUAUGUUUCAACAAAGAGAUACAACUGAAAUGGCUACAUCUAUUCUUAUGUUAAACAAUUAUAAUUCAUCAUCUAUUGAUUUAUUUCUUCAAUACUGUUAUUCAGAUAUAUGUGUAUUUACCGAUGAAACAAGAGCAGAAGACGUACUUGAAUUAGCUGAUAAAUAUAAUAUUGAAAGUUUAAAAAACUUAGCUGAAGAUUACUUUACUUUGAAUAAAAAUAAUUGUCUUCGAUUAUUAAUGCUUGCCGAUCGACAUAGAGCGACACGAUUGAAAGACUUAACACUUAAAUUUAUCAAUAAUAAUUUAGGACAAAUCUUUUCUGAAACAGGUACAGCUGAUUGGAGAACAUUUCGUCAAACAUAUCCAUAUCUAGUUGCUGAUCUUUAUGAAAAAGCAGUCAAUUUAAGUUCCACGUUAUCUGGGAAAGGAUGA